CCUGGUGACCUCGACUAUCAGUUAGCCCGAAAUGCCUUUAAAAGAAGCGCACCAGCAGGCGGCUCCAUUAGUUCGCGACUGAAGAUGGUGCGAUCGAAAGCAACCAAAUGGAUAACGUUCCUGGUGAUUUUGGCCAUCGCGGAGGCCAUGGUAAAUCCUCCUACACCAACGACAUCAGAUCCCAACGAUGAGAUCAUGAACCGACUGCUGGGCUACAUGGACAACGAGGUGGAUCCCUGCCAGGACUUUCACAAAUAUGCCGGUGGCAAGUACGAGGAGAAGCACGAGAAUGACACCUACAGCGAGGUGUUGAGCGAAAUUCAGCAGAGGGUCGAAGAACGAUACCUCGCAAUCUUUGAAACGCUCAGUGCUCAGCAGAGCAGUCUGGAUCCGAAUAGCGUGGAGGCCAAGGUGCUGAGCUUCUAUCAGACCUGUCGCAUGGCCACCAACGAGUCCCGCUCGCUGAGGCACUACCUGGAGCUGGUGGAGCCGGAUUAUCUAUACACCUGGCCGCAGUUCAACAAGUCGCGAAGUGUUUGGCCAAACAGUCUAUUCAAUUGGAUGCUGACGCUGGCACAGCUGCGACGCUUUGGUUACGAUAACCUGCUGGUCAAGAUGAAUGUGAAAUUGGAUUUUGUUGACAGCAGCAAGUACAUGAUUACGAUAGAGAGACCCACAUUUGACUACGCCACCGACAAGCUGCAGAACAACUUCAACACCAAGAAGCUGCUGAUUCGCCUGGGCGUAGCCCGUGGACGAGCCAUGUCGCUGGCCAGGAGCAUCAAACGUUUGGAGUUUGCCAUUAGGAAGUUGGCCGCAGUGGAGGAGGAGCACAACGAUGAUCUGACCCUCAGCGAGUUGGAGAGCCAGAACGGACUGCCGUGGCGGCGAUACCUCUCCCGGGUUUUCGAUCACACAUUCGCCGAAAACCAUGAGGUACAAAUCAAGAAUGUGGACUACUUUGUGAAGCUGAAGAAUCUGCUGAAGUCGUACAAUUCCGAGGUGAUAGCGACGUACAUGAUGGCCAAGUUUGCACGCUUCAUGAAGAGCACCGUGGAAAGCGACGAGGAUAACGGAGCUCUUGAUUGUGUCAAGGAUGUGCGCGUCUACAUGGGUUUCGGCACCAAUUUCCUUUACGAGAGCAGUUACCCCACGAACCUUUAUGAGCCAGCAGUCCAGGAUGUUUUCAAUGCGGUGCGUGGUACACUGCUGAACAGGAUCGACGCGAACAAAUUGAAACUGAGCCUGCGGCAGGCUGCAAAGGUAUCGGAGAAGAUCGAGGGCAUGAAGCUCAAUCUGGGCAACAAGCCUAGCAAUCAAAAUCAUCGUACUUUUGUGACCAACUUCUACAGGGAUUUAAGGCUGGCCAAUGAUCAGGACUUUGCAGCUGCACAGCUAAAGGUCUUAAGAGUCCACGCUCGUCGCAACUUGGAGCUAUUGGAUCAGCCUGCAGCCAAGGGUAAUGCCUACUACUCGCUGGAGGACACCUUACCCACCAACAAUCCGGAGCCAUUUUAUGUGAGGCGAGAAAACACCAUUGUGCUGCCCACCGAUGUCCUGCAGAGUCCUUACUUUGUGCCCCAAGGUCACGAUGUGUUCAAGGUGAGCUUCCUGGGAUUCAUGAUCGCCCAGAAGAUGCUGGAAGCUCUGCUGCCCGAGGCACUGGUCUACGAUGUCUUUGGCAAUUCCAACUCGCAGUUCUUGGACUUCGCUGAUAACAAGAAUUAUGUGGCGGCUCUUAGCUGCCUCAAUGCAAACACCACGGACUAUCUGGAGCAGCGAGUGGUCGAUGUGUCGGCACUUCAACUAGCCUAUGAGGCCUACUUCGGCAUGGGCUCCAGGUUCAGCCAGUUGCAGCCCAGAUUCACCAGGUUGCCUCUACAGCAACUGUUCUUCCUAAACUACGCCCAGAAUCUGAUUGGCGAUGAGGAGUACGUCGACUUCGAUGGCCAAGAUACGGAUAGGACUCGUCUUCAUCAAACGCUUGCCAACCUGCGCGGUUUUGGACGCGCCUUUAAUUGUCCCCAAACUACCAGGGGCUUGAAUCCCAUCAACAUAUGUAAUGUCUGGUAAUCCCAGUUUUAUUAACAGGCUUUGAAAUAAACGAAUCUGAACAAAUCAAA